AUGGCCGCCUCCGUCGCCGCGACCGCCGCGACCGCCGCGACCGCCCCGAGAAAAAACGUCACGCGUGCGGGGGUCGGGAUGCGGCGAGAGACGGAGCGGAAAAGAAAAAGAAACGGUAGUUGGUGGGGGUAUGCUGGUAGGGUCGAGGCAAUGUUUUUGGUUGAUGCGACUGGGGCUGAUAAUCGUUCGUGGCCAGCUCUUGGUGUGCCGAGGUGUCUGGCUGGGCGAGUUAUUGCCUUCAGAAAGCCUUGGACGUGCAACCAUCGACAAGCUCGACGUUCAAAAGUGGAGAUUUUGUCGUCUUUUUCUUGCUUCUGGUUGGUCAUCGAACCAGAACGCCGCAAUACUACAAGUGAUAAUUGCAAGCUGAGGCGAGACUGCUCUCGAAUUUCAUCAUGCUUUGGAUACAUUAAAUUCCCGCGGCGAGGCCGGGGGUGGUGGUGGUCAGUCCAAUGGCCGCCGCGACCUGAUCAAAUGCCGACGGCGAGAGGCGGGCGGCAAACGGCAGAAGCGUUCGAGUUUUGUAGCCCCAGCAAGCCCAGGCAGAUCAUCAGGCUGAUCCGUGGAUCGGAAAGGGCCAGGGGGGGGGGACCGAAGCGUUUCUCGGCGGAAGUUGGAGCACGACUAAUUUGUAUUUCACAAAGUAACUAUCAAAGCUGUUCCCAAUCCGUCGGCAGUAAAAAGGAGACGCUAGGCCAGGGUUUGUCAGAGAAUGGGGGAUUAUUUGUCUGCGAUUAUCUGAUUGCUAUUAGAAAGCAUAUGUCGAACAAGGUUGCAGGGUGUAUCGUGUAUCACAAUGCCGUGUGGUUCGGAUGCUUUGCGACAAGACGAGGUGGCGCAUAUCCCGCGCUGGCGGAAAUUGAGGGAGCGUGGUUUUUUAAAUUGGCACGGAUAAAUGAACGCAUGCAGCAACUGUCAGGGGGCAGUGGCGAGGCGCCAUGGCAUGACUCGACGAGCGAAGAGGAUAAUGUUGAGCUAGCUGACACGGGGAAAGAUGCGCCGGCGCAUGUGGCGGGAGACAAGGUUGAGAAGCUCAGUUCUUGA